AUGUUUGGACUGGUAUUAAACGAGCGACUUCGCGGUCAACUAGAGAUAUUGAGCAAUAAGGACGGCGGAGGGGAUUUGGAUGCUUCUUUAGCUUUGCAGCAAGGUUGGAUAUCGUUCCAGAGCUUGGAAAGGCUGAAUAGGCAGUAUUUUACAGCAAGGGAUGAUUUCAGUGGGGGGGAGUGCAUGCAGGGGCUACGGUUUCGAGUUGAGCCACGUCGGAAGAAGGGCGGCAGGUACACAGAGGAGUUUCGGAGGCAAUUGGAGGAGUUGAGGGUGUUGGAACAAGAACGGGAGUAUUGGAGGCUUAUUGGGAAGGAUGAGGAAGACUAUAAUAAGGGGCGGGACAGCCUUCUGCAGAUCAACAAGCAGAUUAAGGAGCAGAUUGCGGCGGUUUUUAAUAUUCUGCUUACAGUUUUUGGUGUGACGUAUGGCGUGUGGUACGUUUCAGGUACUUCGGUCGUUCUCGACUUGCAUGUGAGGGUGCUAUUAUGCUUGUUUGCUGGUAUUGUUGUGUUGAUUGCAGACGUUGCGAUGUAUAACAUGUAUGGGCGAAAGAUCGAAGAGGCCAGGGAAGUGGAACGGACGAUAAAAGAAGAAAAACGUGUAAUUACAGAGCUAAUUAUCUAG